GCGGCGCACUGGAAACCACCGCACUGUUUGCGCGGUAGUGUUGGUGCCUGCUCAGGUGGCUGGACUGGAAUGUGAAUCAGCAGCGCAGCGUAAAGACCAAAAGCGAUUCUUUCACGCCCGCAGUACGUUCGAGCCCGUAGUCGUUUUCACACAGCUCCAGUCCGCAGCUUGUGUGAUACACCGCAGACAGUCCGGACCGAGUCAGACGAGCAGAGUCAGUCAUUGUCCACCCGUCGUCGUCAGUCACAUCAACGCCCGCUCCCGCCACAAUGUUCUCCGCCCUGUUGGACGCCGCACGCAACUCGCCCUUCAAGGCCCCCUUCAGCCAGGCCCAGUGCGAUGCCGGUGAGCAGCAGCGCACCAUCCAGGCCGCCUCCACCAAGGAGGUAGAGUUCGGUUCCAACGAAUUCUUCGGCCUGUGCGCCCUCGGAGGUAUCCUGUCCUGUGGUCUCACCCAUACGGCCGUCGUGCCGCUGGAUUUGGUCAAGUGCCGCCUGCAGGUCGAUGCCGCCAAGUACAAGAAUCUGUUCCAUGGCUUCAAGGUCACCGUGGCCGAGGAGGGCGCCCGCGGUCUGGCCAAGGGAUGGGCUCCAACCUUCUUCGGAUACUCGGCACAGGGUGCCUUCAAGUUCGGUCUGUAUGAGGUGUUCAAAAUCCAGUACGCCAACAUGAUUGGCGAGGAGAAUGCCUAUCUGUACCGCACCUGGGUCUAUCUGGGCGCGUCGGCCUCGGCCGAAUUCUUCGCCGACAUCGCCCUGUCGCCGCUGGAAGCCGCCAAGGUCAAGAUCCAGACCACGCCCGGUUACGCCAACAACAUGCGACAGGCCAUGCCCAAGAUGAUGGGUGAGGAGGGUAUCGCCGCCUUCUACAAGGGUCUGGUGCCGCUGUGGUGCCGCCAGAUCCCGUACACCAUGAUGAAGUUCGCCUGCUUCGAACGUACCGUCGAGCUGUUGUACAAACACGUUGUACCGAAGCCACGUGCCGACUGCAGCAAGGGCGAGCAGCUGGUUGUUACAUUCGCCGCCGGUUACAUUGCCGGUGUGUUCUGCGCCGUUGUGUCCCACCCGGCCGAUGUGGUCGUGUCCAAGCUGAACCAGGCCAAGGGAUCCAGUGCCAUCGAUGUGGCCAAGAAGCUCGGAUUCAUGGGCAUGUGGCACGGUCUGAUGCCCCGUAUCAUUAUGAUCGGUACGCUGACCGCCCUGCAGUGGUUCAUCUACGACGGAGUCAAGGUCGCCCUGAACAUCCCCCGCCCACCCCCACCAGAGAUGCCAGAAUCGCUGAAGAAGAAGCUCGGAGUCGAAUAAGCCGUUAUCCGCUUCCAUAUAGUGUGUUGUGCUCUAAACAAAUUGUGAUUAAGGAAUAAGUUUUACCUGCGCGCCGUCGUAAUUUGCAAAACGGCGAACCAAAACGUGUAUGAUAAAACGUGUAAACGAACCGCGGGAGUGCGACCUUAUUAAGAUCAAAGUAAUAAAACCAAUACGGGAAAAGUGUAUUUAAACCAAUACUAAACUAAA